CAGUGUAAGCAGUGUGGUGUCAGAUUUUUGGAUGAUACACUAGGAAAGAAAGAGAUGGAGGAUCAUCUUUACAUGCACUUCAGACAAAAUUGUAAAGCAAAUCAGAGCCUUGGCCAUGGACAUAGUCGCAGUUGGUUUGUCGACCUUGAUGUACAAUUUCCCUUCUUGUUGGACCCCAAACAUACUAACCGUCUUUCAGCUCAACCUACAGCCAAUAAGGCUGCGCUUGCGGUAGAUGCAGCACAACAUGAUGCUGAGCUGCCCACGCUGUUUGUUGUUGUGCCAUCGGGCGACAAAGCAAAGCCCUUG